AGGCUACACUUCAUAUACACAUAUUAAGGAAGAUUUCGCCAUGGAAUAAAAAUAGCUAAUUGCGUAUUUUAUCGAACAUUUCCUACUUUUGUCGCAAUUGAGAUGUAAACACGGAAUUUAUGAGGGACAAAAAGGUUAAUGAGGUAAAAAUUUGCAAGUAUUUUUUCCACAUGUGGUGAAAACAAACUUUCAUUCAUCGUGGUGUAUGGAAACUAUGUUUAUGAUCUCACCUCAGAUUAUAGUCACUAAUCUAAUCAAAUCAUUCAAAACAACCGAUUCAAAAGAAUGAUUCGCUUCGCGAAUCGAACGUCACUAGCCUGUCCGCACGUGGUUUGUUGUGUUAAACACACUCUGGUCUUCUUCUGUCCAGCAAACACGACCUGAUCGAGACACAGGAUCUCGACUGUACCCUGCACUUCAUCAGAAACAACGUCAGAGGUCAUGGCGGAGCGGGUGCUGGUGGUGGGAAGUGGAGGGCGUGAACACGCACUAGCGUGGAAAUUAGCGCAGUCGCCUCUCGUUCAGCAGGUCCUCGUGGCUCCUGGGAACGCCGGCACGGCCAAUAGCGGCAAGAUCUGCAACUCGGAGGUGUCUGUGAACAAUCACAGUAUUUUAGCGCAGUAUUGUAAGGAUCAUAGCGUGGGACUCGUGGUCGUUGGUCCAGAAGUUCCUCUCGCUGCUGGUAUCGUGGACGAUCUGACGGCCGCCGGCGUGUCGUGUUUCGGCCCGUCGGCGAAGGCUGCGCAGCUGGAAGCCAGUAAGAGUUUCUCCAAGUCCUUCAUGGACCGUCACAACAUUCCCACCGCCCGCUGGAGCUCCUUCACCGACCCACAGGAGGCCUGCGAAUACAUCCGAGGCGCGGGGUUUCCCGCUCUGGUGGUGAAGGCCAGCGGAUUGGCUGCUGGGAAGGGUGUCGUAGUCGCUCGCGAUAAAGACGAGGCCUGUCAGGCGGUUCUGGACAUCAUGAAGGACAAGGCGUUUGGCUCUGCUGGUGAGACUGUGGUAGUGGAGGAGUUGCUGGAAGGAGAGGAAGUGUCUUGUUUGUGUUUCAGCGACGGGGUCACAGUGUCACCGAUGCCGCCGGCUCAAGAUCACAAGCGUCUGAUGGAUGGGGACGAGGGGCCGAACACGGGCGGCAUGGGCGCGUACUGCCCGACACCACAGGUGUCAGAGGCAGAGCUUCAGGAGAUCAAGAGGAGCGUUCUGCAGAAGACCGUGGACGGCAUGAGAGACGAGGGAACGCCGUAUGUGGGUGUGUUAUACGCCGGACUGAUGUUGACUAAACAGGGACCGAAAGUCUUGGAGUUCAACUGUCGCUUCGGUGACCCCGAGUGUCAGGUCCUGAUGCCGCUGCUGAAGUCUGAUCUAUAUGAGGUGUUGAAGAACACACUCCGGUCGGACCUGAGCUCGAGUCCGGUGCAGUGGCUGGAGGACGGUGCGGCCGUCACUGUGGUCAUGGCCAGCGGAGGAUAUCCCGGCUCAUAUAAGAAGGGUCUGGAGAUCUCCGGUUUGUCCCGGGUUUCGGAGAUGGGCGUUCAGGUGUUCCAUGCAGGCACUGUGCUCAAGGAAGGGGGCGGGGUUCUUACGAGUGGUGGGCGUGUCUUAACUGUGACCGCGGUCCGGCCCACUCUUCAGAACGCCUUACGCUGCGCCAAUGAAGCCGUGGCCGCGAUCAGCUUCCCUGAUGCCGUGUACCGGCGCGACAUCGCCCACCGCGCCAUCACGUACCUCACCCGCUCCAGAGGACUGACGUAUAAAGACAGUGGCGUGGACAUCAGCGCGGGGAACACACUCGUGGACUUGAUCAAACCUCUGGCCAAGGCCACGUCUCGACCAGGGUGUAACGCGGAGCUCGGCGGGUUCGCGGGGCUUUUCGACCUGAAAGCUGCAGGAUUCAUCGACCCGAUCCUGGUGUCCGGAACGGACGGAGUGGGAACUAAACUGAAGGUGGCUCAGGCGUGCGGCCUGCACGGCACUCUGGGACAGGAUCUGGUGGCGAUGUGUGUGAACGAUGUUCUGGCUCAGGGAGCGGAGCCGCUGUUCUUCCUCGACUACUUCUCCUGUGGACGUCUGGACGUCGGCGUCGCGUCUUCUGUGAUCGGAGGAAUCGCAGACGCCUGUCAGAUGGCCGGGUGUGCGCUGAUAGGAGGAGAGACGGCGGAGAUGCCGGGUGUGUACGGCCCCGGGGAGUACGAUCUGGCGGGAUUCUGCGUGGGGGCGGUGGAGCGCGGGGCCGUUCUGCCCAGACUCAGGGACAUCGCGGAGGGGGAUCUGCUCAUCGGCGUGGCGUCGUCGGGUCUCCAUAGCAACGGCUUCAGCCUCGUGCGCGCCGUCCUGGAGCGGCUCGACCUGCAGUACGACUCACCGGCUCCGUUCGGACGCCCGGGACAGACCAUCGGUGACGUCCUGCUCACGCCCACCAAGAUCUACAGCCGUUUGCUUCAGCCAAUCCUGCGCAGCGGGGCCGUGAAGGCCUACGCCCACAUCACCGGAGGCGGGCUCUUGGAGAACAUCCCUCGUGUUCUCCCGCCAGAGCUGGCAGUGGACCUCGACGCGUCGCGCUGGAGGAUCCCGUGUGUGUUCUCGUGGCUGUGUGUUCACGGGUGCGUGUCGGAGGAGGAGAUGAGCCGCACCUUUAACCUCGGCCUGGGGGCCGUGCUCGUGGUCAGCAGACCUGAGGGCCAACGGGUGCUGAGGCUCCUGAGGGCCCAAGAGGAGGCCUGGGUCAUCGGGUCACUCACUCACAGACAACACGGUUCGGAGCCGGUGCUGAUCAGGAACCUGGAGCGGAGUCUGAAGGAGAGUCCGGGUCGCUCUCCCGACACCAGCGCUCUGCAGAACGGGUCUCUUCAUGGGGAACAAUCCUCGCGCAAGAGGACCCGAGUGGCCGUGCUGAUCUCAGGAACAGGAACGAACCUGCAGGCGCUGAUGGAGCAGGCGAAGAAGCCCUCGAGCUCGGCGGAGAUCGUGGUGGUCAUCUCCAACAGGCCGGGCGUCGCGGGGUUAAAGAGGGCGUCCAUGGCCGGCAUUCAGACACGGGUAUGUAUGAAAUACAAAUAUAUAUAUAUAUAUAUUCAAAAAAGGCAAUGUUGA